AUGAAGACUCAACACACACCACCACUGGUAUUGAUGCUUCUCUUAAGUACCCUCUCUGCCAACUCAUCAUUCCAGCCCGCCCUGGUGUUAGAAAUGGCCAAGAUUCUGCUGGAAAACUACUGCUUUCCAGAGAACCUGGUUGGGAUGCAGGAGGCUAUCCAACAAGCAAUUAACAGCGGAGAAAUCCUGCGGAUUUCAGAUAGGAAGACCCUUGCAGCUGUGCUCACAGUCGGAGUACAAGGAGCACUGAAUGACCCACGGCUGACUGUGUCUUACGAGCCUAAUUUCAUCCCAGUGAUGCCCCCGAUACUGCCAUCUCUCCCCAGAGAACAACUGAUCCGGCUGGUGAGGAACUCUGUAAAGGUGGAUAUCCUGGAAAACAACAUUGGCUAUUUGCGGAUGGAUCGGAUCAUUGGGGAGGAGACUGCGUCAAAGCUUGGUUCCCUGCUGACGGACAACAUCUGGGAAAAAGUUGCUCACACAUCCUCUCUGAUUUUUGAUUUGAGGUAUAGCACAGCUGGACAAAUGUCUGGAGUUCCCUUUAUAAUCUCCUAUUUCUCUGACCCUGAGCCCAUCUUUCAUAUAGACACUGUGUAUGACAGGCCCUCAAAUACAACCACGGAGCUGUGGACCAUGCCAUCAAUUAAGGGAGAGAGGUAUGGAAAGGAGAAAGAUGUGAUUAUUUUGAUUAGCAAACGUACCAUUGGGGCUGCUGAGGCAGUGGCAUACACAUUAAAAAACCUAAAGAGGGCUAUCACCGUUGGAGAGCGAUCUGCUGGUGGGUCAGUAAAAGUCAGAAAGAUAAGGAUUGGAGGAUCAGAGUUCUACAUAACAGUUCCUGUGGCAAGAUCUUUCAGUCCAAUCACAGGCCAGAGCUGGGAGGUCAGUGGCAUUCCCCCAACAGUCAGCGUCAUUGCAAAGGAAGCUGUCCCAAAAGCAAAGUCCCUUCUGGCUGUGAGGAGUACCAUUCCACAAGUUGUUCAGAGCAUCUCCAACAUAAUCAGGAAGUUGUAUGCUUUCACAGAUCGAGUCCCAGCUCUUCUUCAACAUCUGCAAACUAUGGACUUUUUCUUCGUCAUAUCUGAGGAAGAUCUGGCAAUCAGACUUAACCAGGACCUCCAGACUGUGUCAGAGGAUCCACGACUGAUCAUCAAAUACAUGCAAGACAAUGCUGCCAUUGUAGAGGAGGACCCUGAGCUUUACAAAGUCCCUGAGGAUUUAGAAUUAUUAAAAGCACUGAUUGAGACAACGUUUAAAAUUGAAAUUCUCCAGGGCAAUACUGGCUAUUUACGCUUUGACAAGUUUGUUGAGUUUUCCCCACUGAUUCAAUUUGAGGAGUUCUUUGCUAAAAAGGUGUGGGAGCCCUUAAAAGACACCAGUAACCUGAUUAUUGACCUACGCUAUAAUACUGGUGGAUGCACUACCUCUCUAGCUCUCAUUCUGUCAUAUCUGUAUGACACUUCCCAGAAGCAUCACUUUUUCACAAUAUAUGACCGAAUUCAGAACACAACAACAGCACAUAACUCCUACCCUCAAAUUACAGGUCCCAGCUAUGGAUCCAAACGUGGGGUUUAUGUGUUGACCAGCUACUACACAGCAAGUGUUGGUGAAGAGUUUGCUUAUCUAAUACAAUCCCUUCAUCGUGGCGCAGUCAUUGGGGAAAUUACAUCUGGUACCCUAAUGCACUCACAGAUGUUUCAAAUAGAAGGGACAGGCCUUGCCAUCACUGUGCCUGUCAUAAACUUUAUUGACAACAAUGGUGAAUGCUGGCUGGGAGGUGGUGUGGUCCCUGAUGCCAUUGUACUGGCUGAGGAAGGUGUAGAUCACUUUCAUGAGGUUGCAGAUUUUCAUCAGGGGCUCAGGUCCCUAAUGGAGGUAAUUGGGGAACUGCUAGAAAAACACUAUGCCAUCCAUGAAGUUGCCCUACAGGUCAGUAAGGUGCUGAUGAGCAAAUGGGCUGAGGGACUAUACUGGUCAGUGGUAGAUUUUGAAUCUCUUGCAUCUCAAUUGACCUCAGACCUUCAAGAGGCUUCAGGUGAUCACCGCCUCCAUGUCUUCCAUUGCGAUGUUGAGCCUGAGACUGUUCAUGACGUCGGAAAGAUCCCCACAGCAGAGGAAGUGGGAUACAUAAUUGACGCUUUGUUUAAAAUUGAACUUUUGCCAGGUAACGUUGGCUAUCUAAGAUUUGACAUGAUGGCGGACAUAGAGGUGUUAAAAGCCAUUGGCACACAGCUAAUAAAAUUAGUGUGGAGUAAUGUAGUAAACACAGAUGCCCUCAUAAUUGACAUGAGAUACAACACUGGUGGUUAUUCAGCAACAAUUCCCCUUCUGUGCACCUAUUUCUUCAACAUAGAACCUCUGCAGCAUCUUUACACCAUCUUUGACCGCACCACGACCACCAUGACAGAGGUCAUGACAUUGUCCCAGGUCAGGGGUCAACGGUAUGGGUCCUCCAAGGAUGUCUACAUCCUCACCAGUCACAUGACUGGGUCCGCAGCUGAAGUGUUUACUCGCACUAUGAAGGACCUAAACAGGGCCACAAUCAUUGGAGAGCCAACCAUUGGAGGGUCUCUAUCAAGUGGAACGUAUCAGAUAGGGAACAGCACCUUGUACGCUUCCAUUCCCAACCAGGUUGUUCUGAGCGCCAUCACUGGGAAAGUGUGGAGUGUUUCAGGGGUUGAGCCUCAUGUUUUUGCCAAGGCAAGUAACGCUCUUCAUGUAGCACAGAGACUAAUAGAAGCAAAGCUUUUGAAGAAAGAAAAUGGUAAAUAG